AUGUUGCGUUUAAAGCCAAUUGGGACCUCGAAGGGUUCCUUUCCCGUGUAUUUGUCGCCGUUCCUCAUGGAGCGGCGGUUUUGGCAUCAGGAGCACCUGGCUCUUGGUCUGCAGUUGCCAGCUCUGGCCUGCUGUCACAAGCGACACAUCUCGUGUUGCGACACUGAUGAGUACAUCAUCGUUGUUACUGGAUACUGUAAAGAAAUAAACUUUAAGUCCUUAAAUAUUGAAGCACAGAUAUGGGAUACCCCUAAAAUGGAAAGACUCCACGCAGAUGAAGUCACAGGUUCAGAUAUACACACAAACGAAGGAUACCAUGCAUUUGGAAGACGAAUAGAAGUAGACGGAGAGAAUCAAGACUCGGGGGAUUCCAUCACGUACCUCAAUUUGUACAAACUAUAUUCCAGAACAACGGGUAAAAGGCACUUAUAG